AUGAAGCUACCAAUCAGUCUCAACCAAUCCGUCCGCCCAUCUCAUACUAUAUCUUUUUUUCGGCCGGUACAACCAAUUCGCUGGGCGAGAUAUCAGGCUUUUGAGGCUUCCUUCGACCCCGAGGAGCUGAAGCAGGCCAGAGCAUGGCACAAAACAUUUGACGGCGGCCAGCUUCCAAAAGGUCAGACAAGCUUCGCGCGUUCAAGCGGCCCUGGUGGGCAACACGUCAACAAAACGGAAACCAAAGCAGUUACUACUUGGCCAGUCAAGGACCUCCUCGCGGUGCUGCCAAAAAUUCUGCAUCGGGGCAUUCGACAGUCAAAGUACUAUACGGCCAGGUCAGAUUCUCUGACAUUUCAGGCCCAGGAGCAUCGGCAAAAAACCGCCAACACAGAUGAAAACCAGCAAAAACUUAUUGACGAGGUUCAAAGGAUAUACCGUGAGAUGGUCCCAGGGGAAACGAGCGACGACAAGAAGAAGAAACAUGCAGAGAUCGCUAAAUCGUUCAACGAGGGGCGGUUAAAGUCAAAGAAGCAGCAGAGCUCCAAGAAGCAAAACCGGCGGGUGUCCUUCGACUAA